UUAAAAACUCUUUUCUGCAUCAAAGUUCACCCUCUUCACUCGUCUCUUUACAAGGCUGAAGCUAGAGUUUUCCGUUGUUCAUACAGUAGAGCCGCCAAUCAUCUGCAUUCUUCCAAGAUCUUUCAAGAUGUUUACUGCACUGCAAAAGAUUCACAAGGAUAAGGAUACAGAGCCUACCGAGUUCGAGGAGACGGUUGCCCAGGCUCUGUUCGACUUGGAGAAUACGAACCAAGAGAUUAAGAGUGACUUGAAAGACCUUUACAUCAAUGCUGCCAUGCAAAUUGACGUCUCUGGAAAUAAGAAGGCCGUUGUGAUCCAUGUUCCUUACCGGUUGAGGAAAGCUUUCCGCAAGAUUCAUUCUAGGCUGGUGAGAGAGCUUGAGAAGAAGUUCAGUGGAAAGGAAGUUGUUCUUAUUGCUACCCGAAGGAUAGUGCGACCACCAAAGAAGGGUUCUGCCGUGCAGAGACCACGCACUCGUACACUUACAGCCGUGCAUGAGGCCAUGCUUGAGGACAUUGUUCAUCCUGCUGAGAUUGUUGGAAAACGUAUCCGAUACAGGCUUGAUGGAUCAAAGAUAAUGAAGGUUUUCUUGGAUCCAAAGGCAAAGAAUGACACUGAAAAUAAACUGGAGACCUUUGCUGGAGUCUACAGAAAGCUUUCUGGGAAAGAUGUAGUGUUCGAGUUUCCCAUAACAGAGGCUUAAGCCAUUCUUCCCGUUUUCCCGACGACUCUUUAGUAACGGAAAAUUAUAUUUGCAUUUGUAUUCCUAAUUUACGGUUUUGAUCAAUAGAGAUUUUGUUUAAUGGUCUUUGUUCAUUAGGAAGCGAGAAUUUGAACGGUAGGCAAUUUGCUUGUUGGAUACAUGUUCUUUUUUGAGUAUUUUUUUGCACACUGCUCUUCCUUAUUGACCUGAAAGAA